ACGUGAAGAAAUAAAGGGCAUUUUAUUUCCAGUAAAUUGUAUAAAACCAACACACGAGUCUCCUUUUGUUUGAUACCUCUGCUGCUGCUUCUUGUUCUUCAUAUCUGAAAAUCUCUCCAAACCAAUUUCCAAAACACCCACAAAUCCAACAUCAAUCAACAUUUCUUAAAUUCUCUGUAACCAAACAUUGUAACAUGGCUGACAAUGGUUCCCAUGAAGAGUUCUUGGUCACCGCAGUCGAUGCAGCUAAGAAAGCCGGCGAGAUAAUCCGUAAAGGGUUUUACCAGUCCAAGAAUGUGGAACAUAAAGGCCAGGUGGAUUUGGUCACAGAGACUGAUAAGGCAUGUGAGGACCUUGUUUUUAAUCAUCUCAAGCAGCAUUACCCCUCUCAUAAGUUCAUUGGGGAAGAAACCACUGCUGCUUGUGGUACAUCAGAGCUGACUGAUGAGCCUACUUGGAUAGUUGAUCCUCUUGAUGGAACAACUAAUUUUGUGCACGGGUUUCCGUUUGUGUGCAUAUCCAUUGGUCUUACUGUUGGGAAAGUUCCUACGGUUGGUGUUGUUUACAAUCCAAUAAUGAAUGAGCUCUUUACUGCUGUACUUGGAAAAGGCGCUUUUCUCAAUGGGACCCCUAUAAGAGUGUCAUCACAAACCGAACUCAUUAAGUCUCUACUUGCAACAGAGGUUGGAACAAAACGUGAUGUGUUAACGGUGGAUACUACUACAAAUCGAAUCAAUAAAUUACUUUUCAAGGUGAGAUCACUUCGGAUGAGCGGUUCCUGUGCAUUGAACCUUUGUGGAAUCGCAUGUGGAAGGCUUGACCUGUUUUACGAACUUGGAUAUGGUGGCCCAUGGGAUGUAGCGGCUGGUGUUUUAAUUGUUAAAGAAGCUGGAGGCCUUGUUUAUGAUCCGUUCGGUAAAGAUUUCGAAAUCACGGUUCCAAAAGUGGCUGCUUCAAAUCCAUUCCUCAAAGAUGCAUUUGUCGAGGUUUUGAAGCAAACGGAAUGAGGCUGCUCUUAUGUGUCCAUUAUUUGAUAUGGAUUAUAGAGAUGUUACUUUUGUUUUUGUUGGGGAAGAUUGUUGAAAACAUUUAUAUUCUUGAGGGGAAAGCCUAUAUUG